GUCAAUCUGUGAAUCCUUUCCUGGACAGUAGGGUCCUGACCUGAUGUGUCCUGGUCCUGGCAAUGGUGUGGCCCUGGUUCCUGGUAUGUCCUAGUGUCCUGGAGCAGGCUGGUGUGAAGUCCUGGGGCAAAGACAAAUGUUGAAUGGAAACUUGGGACUUGAUCAGAAGUUGUUCAGGAUUCAAGAAUGACAUCUGCCAAAAAAUCUGAAUAUAUGAUCUCCAAUCAGUUAAUUGAAAUUGAUAGAUAGAUAUGGAAUCAUGUAGAACAAAUCCAAGAAACUGAAGAUGGCUUGCUUUGCUGCAUGAAGAAAUUGCCUAUAUGAAACAGUUGGAAAUAGGUAUGAUGGAACAGAUUUUUCCUGAUGAAUCCAGUAAAUCCAGUAGGGACAGUAAUAGCAUCAAUAAAGACUUUGGUACUUCACAAACUAGUCUAAAAAGUACAAAAAGUCUUGAUAAAUCAAGCUUGAGUGGUGGAAGUUUCAAACAUGAGAAAAAUUCCAUACACUUCAAAACUGAUUUGAAUGAAGAUUCUGACAAUCAAAAAGUACAGCCUGAUGCUUCACAUAAAGUGCCUCAUAAAAUCAUUGCUAACUGGCGAUCAGCUUGUGAUAAAACUAAAGAUAAAACUAAGGAUUUGCUGAAAAGGUGGAGGACACUGCCAGAAUUUGAGGCAGAACAUAUGGAAAAGAGUCAUGAUGAAAGCAUUGAAAAACCAUCCACUCAACAGGACAGCUGUGGCUGGAGUGUUCAUGUUUGGACAACAUGGGUUGACCGUUUCAGUGUGGAUUCAGGGGAAAGUGCAGACAAUACUAGUAGUUAUGAGUUAUCUAUAAUCCAGAACAAGAAAUUUUCUCAUUUUUUUUCCUGUCUCCUAGAUCAUGAUCAAGAUAAUUUAAUCAGUGAACAAGAUUUUGAAACACUGAUUGAGAGAUUGCGCCAUUUUGCAGACUGGUCAAUAAAUUCUUCAGAAUUCAAUAUAUUGAGGGAAAUACAAAGAGGUUUUGUUGAAACCUUCUUGUACAACAUGUCAGAUGAGAAAUUAGGUUUCCAGGUGAAUGAUGUAAGGUAUAUAAGUGAGGAAGGAUGGUUGCACAAAUGGUCAGAAUUACUAAUGAGCUCCAAAAACUUGACAGAUUUUCCAAUAUGGCUUCAAUUUUUUGUGAAAGUAUUAUUUCAAGUUAUUAACAGAAGUGGCACUGGUGUCAUAACCAGAGACGAACUGGGUUCCUUUUAUUCAUCUGUUCUUGGGCUGAAUGCUGUGAAAGUAGGAGAAAUACUUGAUUUGGCUUAUCAAGCAAUGACUUCGAAUGGGGACCAUCCUUUGCACUACAAAUCUUACCGUUUGUGUUUCUCGAACUACCUCAUAAGCAGAAAUCCGAACGGUCCAGGCCAUCACAUUCUGGGUGCCCCUCCAAGCUCCAUGUCAUUGAUCAUGUUUCCAAUCGAUUAUUCCGCACUAAAUGCUCAGCCAGAAGACUUGGAACAGUAUGCUCCUGAUCAAAAAUCAAAUAGACGUAGUGUGAUAGUUUGAUAAAUGAUUCAGAUUUCAGGAGUUAGGGAAGUCUGAAAAUGAUUUUUUUAGAAAAUGUGCUAUUUCUAAGAACAAUGUAUAUUCCAGGACCACCAACAUCUAGAGUGGGCUAACGAAAACUAAACAGACUUCCGGUAAAAUGAGAAUGAGGGGAACCUCACUCAUAUUACCGAUUUCUUCAACUUUUUUUUGUGCCAUAGAUGGUACUUUUCCUAUUCAAUAUUUCAAAUUCUUAGGGUCAGCCAAAUGGAGGGAAAGAGAAUGAUAUAGGACAGUUGUGGUCAGAUAAACAGGCGUCGUCCAUGAAUUGAAAAUCAACCUAUUUCAGGGUUAUUCCAAAUAAACAUUCUUCCGGAAGCUAUUCAGUCUGUUUUGUUCUCGUUGGAUACUCCAUAUACAUUUUUCACAUACAUACAUAAUUCACGUUCCUUCUCCGAGAAGCAAGAAAUCAAGAAAUCUUUUAUAUGUUCUAAUAGUUGUGUAUUUCUUUGCCAUAUUCAUGACAACAUUUAAACUUGUAAGAUGAAGAGUUGGAGCAGGAAUUAUGAAAUUGGACCAUAUCAAAGUUGCAUUAAGGUGUAAAUUUAGGAUAGCAAAAACAUCAAACACCAAUUUAUUAGACACCCUAAUUUGUAUCAAAAUGAAUCAAAGGCACGAUAUUAUCGCUAAUAUGCUAAAUUUCUUACACAAGUGCACCUCUCUUCUAAAGAAAUUCUAAAUACUAUGUGAUAUUGAUACUGUUGACAAAUAUCUUAUUUGUAUUAAUGUUGUAUGUACAGUCAACAUGUCAUGAUUGACUUAUUUAAAAUGACCUGCUCUGAUGAAUUCAAUACCAGCGUUCAUUAACCCAAAUCAUAUGUGAAAUUACUGACUUGAUAAAGUGCUGAUGAAUAAUUAAUAUAGAAACUGUACUCCUUUAAAGUUAAAAAUAUUUACUAGAUUCUCCCUCUGCAAAAAUAAAUGUGAAGAUUCUUGAAUCUAUGAGCAUUUGUAGAGAUCACUGAAUAGAUAAAUAAUUAACUGUAAAAAAUUAUCUUGAUUUUUCAGCAAUAUAAGAGCAAAUUUCGAAUUGUGAUAGUAAUAAUAUUAAUGCUGAUGGCUCCAAAAUUUGGGGGAGAAAUCGGUUCAAUUCAUAAGACAAGAAUAUUUGAACACUUAUAUUCAACUGAAAAUUUUCAACUUCAAACUCUUCUGUAUUAUAAAUAUAGAAGGUACUUUAGGGACCUGAAUGAAAUAUAGUUUUUACUUAAUUGUUAAAGAUGACUCAUCAUAGGAAAACAAAAACUCUGCUUAAUUUUGUAUGAUUUUGUUUAGGCCAUAUAGGACAAAUUCUAAUAUAUGAAAUCAAGCAUGUUUAGUUAUGAAUACCUCUUGUGAUCAAUCCUGGCACUGACAUAUAUAUAUAUAUCAUGACUCACAUAGUUGAACAAAUAUAACACAAAGCAAUAAUUAUGAACAAGUUGUUGUUUUCAAUUGCUAAAAUAAGAGGGCACAACAUUUGUAAAAAUUUUUAAUGAACAAUAAAUCACAAUAUAAACAUCUUUAACCUG